AUGAAUCACAAAGCUAUAUUGGCUAGGUUUGCUGCUGAAUUGCAAUCACGAAGCACUGCUCGUGUUGUAUUUGAAUGUGGGGUUUUUCUAGCCAUUGGACUUCUGAUACUCGUCGGGAACGCCAUGACACUCUUCAUAGUUUACAAAAAUCGUCAACUUCGAACCGUACCCAACUUUUUCAUCGUAUCAUUGGCAUUUUCUGACAUUGGAUUGUGCUUAUUGGUAUUCCCAAUGUGUUUCACCGUUAAUGUUGUUGGUCACUGGCCUUUUGGAGAUGCAGCUUGUCACUAUAACGGUUUCUUAGCAGUUUCCCUAGCGCUCGCAUCGGUGCAAUGUUUGGCGUGUACCUCUGUUAACAGAUACUUUCGUGUCGUAAAGCCAAACAAGUACAGGAAAUACUUUACGAUGAAGUCUACAAAACUUGGUAUUGUUUUAGUUUGGGUGUAUGCAGCCAUGUCUACAAUACCAUACUUGUUAUCUGGAAAUCGCAUGGUCUUUCAUCCUGGAAAAUUCUUCUGUUAUCUUGAAAUUGAAGUAGCAUGUUAUUUAUAUCUUGUGAGAAGUGAAUUUCGUUGUUCCUUCUAG